AUGUCCGAUAUCGAAAAGAUGAUCGGUGGCGACUACGCCCAGCUCACCAACACCAACAUUCGCUCGUUCGGCUGGAAGGGCGUCACAGUCACAGUCAAGGACCGUCAAUCGCAGCAACCGAAGACCAUUCUAUCAGACGUCAAUGGCAUUGUCAAGGCCGGCGAGCUGCUCGCUCUUAUGGGACCUUCUGGUUCGGGCAAAUCGACUUUGCUCAAUGUCCUCGCCCACCGCACGGCAGCAUUGGCUGCCAGCGUCAAGGCUGCAAUCUACAUCAACGGACAGGCCGCCAACCCCAACACCUUCCGUCGCAUCUCUGCCUAUGUUGAGCAGGAAGAUGCUCUGGUCGGUUCUCUGACUGUCCGCGAAACACUCAACUUCGCAGCACGUCUUUCUCUGCCUCGAACCGUCAGCAAACUCGAGCGCAUUCAGCGCAUUGAGGCACUCCUUACAGCAUUUGGUCUGCAGGGUCAAGCUAAUAACUUGAUCGGUACACCUAUCAGGAAGGGUAUCUCUGGUGGUCAGAAGCGUCGUGUUAGUGUCGCCGCGCAGCUUAUCACCAGCCCUAAACUCUUGUUCCUUGAUGAGCCAACAUCUGGUCUUGAUUCCGCCGCCUCUUUUGAGGUCAUCUCCUUCGUCAAGGACAUUGCGAAGAAGCACAACUUGAUUGUCAUCGCCUCCAUCCAUCAGCCUUCAACAUCCACAUUCGCCAUGUUUGACAAGCUUCUUCUCUUGUCCCAGGGUGGUACGGCAUACAGCGGACCAGUCUCCGAAGUACAGCCAUACUUCGAUGCCUGCGGAUUCCCCAUUCCUCUGUACAUGAACCCCGCCGAGUUCAUCAUUGACUUCGUCAACACCGAUUUCGCCCGCGACCGAAGCGAGGUGGACCAACAGUUGAACAUGGUACACUCGUCCUGGCACAAGUCUCGCCUCGCCACAGCCACUGUUACCGAACUCACCGACGAGAUGGCACGGAACUCCAUGGACACCGAGGUGCAUGGUAUGCAAAAGGAGGAAUCUGCUGGUGUAUUCGCCAUCCCUGUGGCCCUGAUUCACCGGUCCUUCAUUAAGUCAUACCGAGACAUCAUCGCCUACGGCAUCCGAAUUGCUAUGUACAUGGGCCUGGCAGUCAUGAUGGGUACGGUCUGGCUUCGUCUGAACCCCGAUCAAGGCAACAUCCAGUCAUUCAUCAACGCAAUCUUCUUCGGUGGCGCUUUCAUGUCUUUCAUGGCCGUCGCAUACAUUCCCGCGUUUCUCGAGGAUCGCGCACUCUUCAUCAAGGAACGAGCCAACGGUCUCUACGGUCCUUCGUCCUUCCUCCUGGCCAACUUCAUCACCGGCAUUCCUUACCUGUUUUUGAUUGCCAUGCUUUUCUCCGUCGUCGCCUACUGGCUCUCCAACUUCCGACCCACUGCACAGGCAUUCUUCACAUGGGUCAUGUGGCUUUUCCUCGAUCUCAUCGCCGCUGAGUCGCUCGUCGUCCUCGUCAGCUCGCUCAUUCCCAUCUUUGUGGUGGCGCUCGCUGGAACUGCCUUCGCCAACGGUCUCUGGAUGUGCACGGGCGGUUUCCUCGUGCCCCCGCAAACGCUCAACCCAUUCUGGCGCUAUGUUUUCCACUACAUCGACUACCAAUCAUACGUCUUCCAGGGCAUGAUGGUCAACGAGUUUGGACAGAGAAAUUUCACAUGUGGCACCGACGCUCGUGGAGCUUGCUCCUGUUUGUACGAGACCGAUCUUGCCGAUCAAUGUAUGAUCCGCGGAACCGGCGUGCUCAAGAACUAUGGGUACAAGACUGGUGAGACUGGCAAAUGGGUCGGAAUCAUGAUCGGAAUUAUCUGCGGCUACCGUGUACUCGGAUGGCUCACCCUCUACCUGCGGAGAACUUGA